AUGUUCUUCAUACCUUCGCUAUUGAUGAAGAGAAAUGAACCGUUGGCUGUCAUUUGGCGAGUUGUGUUUGAUGAGAAAUGGAGACCUUCGAGAAAGAUUAUUUUGGAUAUAAAUGUGCAGAGGGUUUGCGAACUUCUAAUCGGAAAAAUACCGAACGGGAACCCGGGUGAAAUUAAGUUUUCUCUCUAUUUGCUUGCACAACUUUCCUAUGGUAUUGCGCUAAUCGUGCAAAAACGGGGUGACAUUUUAUGCAGAGACAUGGAAACAUUUAUUCCAAUCAUACGCCGUUAUCAAGAUGAAGAUGAAAACGAAUCCUCUAUGAAAGGCAAGAAGGAUCGGAAGAAACGCGCAGCAAAACGAAACGAUUUACUUAUUUUGGAUUCUUCAUUUGAGACUAUUGAAAAUGAACACCUGAAGUUUGUGCUGGAUUACAGUGCAAUUACAUUACGUGAAGAUAUACCACUUCCGGAAAUUGAUAUCUUGUUUAACGAUGAUUUUGGACCACUGACAGCAGCUGAAGCUCUACAAAUGGAAGCUCUUCUGAAAGAAGAUAGCGAACAUAUUAUUGAAAGCAAAUCAGGAAGCACAAAUGGAUCCAAAGAAUGCAUGGUGAAUAUAGUUCCUGAAACGUUGGCUAAUAAUAGGGAUGUUGAUAAAACGACACAUGUAUUUGAAAUGAUGGAAGUAAGCGAUGAAGGCGAGAUAUGUAAAGAGAGACAGUACGAUUUGGGAUCUGAUGAAACUCUACGAGAGUCGGAAAUCAAGCAUCCGACAUCUUUAUCAAUACUUGAAUUGAGUGAGGUGCAUGACUCACAGAUGCUAGUUCCAAAAAAGAAACGCCGCAAACAUGGUACCAUAAUUGACGAAAUAACUAUGUUUAGCAAGGUACAGCUUCAAGCGCAGAUCGAUAACAGUAAUGACUUGUUGCAUAUACGCGAUGAAGUGAUUCCUCAAAUAUCAAAACACAGGAUGGUAACUGUUCAAGAUUUAUUUGACGCUUAUCCAGUGACAUUGCGUGAAUUUUCAAAAAAUCCUGCAUCGAAUUUGGAUGCUUGGAUAGCAGCACCAGAAUAUGAUGAACCGCCACUUCAAUAUGAAGAAGCAAUGCAAUUAGAACCAAUGCAGCCUCCACCAAUGCGAAUAUUGCAUCACUCUUUAGUAGGAAAAGAGACAUCGAUCGAACCCACAUCUCAUGGAUCCGUAACAAUCGAGCAGCAAGAUCUGGAACGACAGAGUGUUACACCAUUGAUGGAAAAUAUCGAGCAAGAACGAAGAAACACCACUUCCACAGCACCAUUUAGUAGUAUACAUAUCACUGAUCCCUCAUCACAACUUAGAUCAGAUGGAGGAUUGCCAAUUGCCUUUAGCGAAAGUCAACAAUUUGACGAGAAGAUGAAAAUAUCUGUAGCUACCAUCUUUGAAAGAAUUACUAAGGAGAAUGGGUUACAAGAGCGCAUAGACGACAGCUUCAUUUUGUCGGCGGAAAAAGCUCGAGUCACGGAGUUGUUUUCAAACUUAGGAGUUGAAUCUGAAUUAUAUGGGACAAGAUUGGAAAGUAGCACUGAAAAUGUUCUUGUUGAUGAGAAAUAUUCUGAGUAUGAAAUACGGCAAGAAGAUCCUCAGAAUGAGGUAAAUGUCCGGAAAAUCUCAGUGAUGCAAGAUCGGUUUCAAUUGAAAAUUAAUAAAGUAGAAAGUGCAGUAAAAACAAGUGACAGUUCCGUUCCAGUAUACCAUCAAACACAGAAGGCUCAUGAACUUUUUGGAUUGAUAACUGAAUUUCUCAAUUUUUACAAGAUCUCGAAAUUAUGUUUUUCGGAAUUAGUUCGUGGUCGCUCUGCCGUUUUUGCAGCUAGAGCUUUUACAAACUUAUUGGAGCUCUUGUCAAAACAAAAAGUUAAAGUCGAACAAAAAGAGAACUUUGCGGAAAUCAUCAUAAGUCUUUCAUUAAAAUCCUGGGAAGCAGAAUUUCAACAAGCUAUCGAGAAGGUAAAGCAGUUGCCGGGAGGACAAGAUAUACGAACAAAACUGAAACUUUAUGGGCUUUACAAACAAGCAACGAUCGGUGAUAUUGAGAGCAAACAGCUUUUAUUGCCAUCGCCUUCACAAGCAAAAUAUGAUGCUUGGAGAGAAUGCAAAGGGAAAUCAACGGAUGAAGCACAAAAGAUGUACGUGGAUGUGGUCAAUAAAUUAUCUGCAGCGGAGACAGAAGUUUCGCCUGCUGCGAUUUCCCACAGUCUGAAACCUGUACCCGGACUUGAUAUCGCCAUUAAAGAUAAGAUUUUAUGGAUAAAACUUAAUAGGCCAAGCAAAUGCAAUGCUCUAACUUUAGAGAUGUAUGACGGAAUCACGAAUGCCUUGAAUUAUGCAAACGAGAUUGAUACCACAGUUACCGCGUUUAUUGGGUCAGGACAGUAUUUCUGCAGCGGUAACGACUUAUCGAACUUCACCAAAAUCACUGGUCCUGAGAAUAUAGCAUGCAUGAUUUCCAAAGCAGGUCAAGUACUGAGCUCUUACGUUGCCGCCUACAUUAACCACAAGAAAGCCUUGGUCGCACUGAUUAACGGUCCUGCAAUCGGCAUUGCUGUCACUGCACUUCCUUUAUUUGACCUGGUUAUCACUUCUGAUAAGGCAACAUUCAAUACUCCAUUCACAGUGCUUGGUCAAUCUCCGGAAGCUUGUUCGUCAUACACAUUCCCAAUGAUAAUGGGAUACUGCAAGGCAUCAGAAAUCUUAAUUUUUGAUAAAAAACUGACUGCACAAGAAGCACAUGAGCGGAACUUGGUAUGCCGGGUGCUACCAUCAUUCUGUUUUCGAGAAGUGGCAGAAACUUAUGUAGAAAAGAUCUCACAAUUACCACCUAAAUCAUUAUUCUAUAACAAGGAAUUACUCCGAAGCAUACAUCGUGAAGCACUUCUCGCACAAAAUGAACGUGAAAUUUCUUUGCUGACGCAACGUUUACAAAGUGCGGAGUGUAUAAAUGCAAUACAACGAUUUAUGAUAAGAAAAAAAUAA